UUAAUAUUAAAGUAAUUAUCCAUGUAGUAACUAUUAAAGAGUGUCUCCAUAAAUAUAUAAAUAUAUAUAUAUAUUUAUGUGUAUACACAUAUAAUCAUUAGCGUAAAGUUCAGGAUAUAAAUAUUUAUCCUGAACUUUGGAACACGAAGUUAUCAUGCACAAUAUCAUCGUGGGGGUAAAACAAGCAUAUGUAAAACUAUACUUGCAAUAAAAAUUAAACUCAAACUUUAGAAAUAUGAAUGCAAUAAAAUUUGAGCAUAACAAAGAAAACAAAUAAAGUUAGUUGUAAAUGUAAGCUCGACUUUUUGACCAUAACAUAUAACUCAAAAAAUAUGUCUCGGCUAAACCCAGCAUGAUGGUCUGGGUCGUGUUGAGCCUAUUUGUGUUUAUAGCUAGUGAUAUCACGUUUUGACCUGUUUCUUUGAUCUUUCUUCUUGUGUUUAUUAUUUCCAAUUAAUAAAAUGACACUUUUGGUAAAUACAUAACAAAAUGACAUCUAGUGAGACCACCUUGUUUUAUGGGAAAGUGAAGAAUUUUUCUUCUCAACAGUCACUACUCUCACACCAUAUAUAAUACCAAUUAUUAUCAUUAAUUAGGCAUAUAGAUGAUAGAAUUGGACCACAAAUAUUCUUAAAUGAAACUAGACAAAAUAUAUUGAUAAUCUAUAAAGUUCAAGUAUUCCACCCUAAUAGUGCUAGUGAUAACACGUUUUGACCUGUUUGUUUGAUCUUUCUUCUUGUGAUUAGUCUAUCACCAUCCUAUAGUCUUGGAUUAUAUAUAUAUAUAUAUAUAUAGACAGCCAAUUAUUCCAACGCAGUUUACACGUUAUUUUGAUGAUUUUCUCUUAUGACUAUUCUCCUUUGAUGAUAGAGAUACAUAUGAUCUAUCACAAGACCACCGUAUCUCAUGGGAGAGAUAUUAAAGAAUUUCUUCUCAAAUGACAAAAUAUCAAGUAUUAAUUCCACCCUUGUUUACACGUUGUAUGUUGUCCAUUAUUUUCAGUUGUCUCAUCCUUUCACUUGUUUUUUUUUUCUUAAUUAUUUCUUCUCCUGUCUAAUCUCACCAAUAAUGACACUUGCUAAAUAAAUAAAUAUGCCGGAUUUUUUGACACAACACGACAUGAAAAAAUAUGAAUUUACGCUAGGCACGACACGAUGUUACGAAUUAGCAGAGCACGGCAAGAAAAAUAUGGGCUUAAGUACGACAUAACGCAACACGUACUACAAGAGAAAACAACUUUAGGGGCGACGAAUGUCGCCACUAAACCCCAUAAAAGUUGCCCUUAAUAUAUAUCAGGGGCGACAUGUCACCCCUGAUCAGUCGCCCCUAAUAAAAUGACUCUAUUAUGGUACAUUAGGGACGACUUAUGUGUCACCCCUAAUAUUUUCACAUGUGGCAUACUUUUUUGUAUAUGUGCCGUCCCUAAUAUAUUAAAAGCCGCCUCUAAUUUAUUUAUAAAAAAAAUAAAAUUAUUUUAAUAAUUAAAAAACUAUUAAUUAAAUUUAAAUCAUUAAAAAUAGUUAUAUGAAAAUAUUAUAUUAAAUAUUCAAAUUAGUUAAUAUCCAUAUUGUUUUUAUAAUUAAAAACACUAAUAAUAAUAUAAACCUAGUUAGUCUCCUAAAUCAAUUGUCUCGUCAUGCAUAUUAUCUUCUUGUUGCGGUUGUGCAUAUUAUCUCCUAAAGAAGGGCCAAGUAUAUUUACUUUAUACUUUAUAAAAUUUAAAGAGCAAUUAAUGGCUUCUUUUUCUUCUUCUCAUGAGCCCUCUGACAACACUAGUGAUUCUCAUAAAACAAACAUCCAUAGUGAGCGCAUUUUCAUGGAUCGCAAGCUGUUCCAAGCAGCAACUGAUGGCAAAAUUAGAGUCUUCAGGGGAAGGGUCAGUGAACUCCAACUGUUAUUGACCCCAGAAAGAAAUACAGUGCUCCAUGUCCAUAUAAUCACUACUUCAAGAACCACUAGUCAAACAACUACCUUUGUCGAAGGGAUCUUGGACUUGUGUCCAGCACUGUUGAUGCAAACUAAUGCAAGAGAAGAGACUCCCUUACUCAUGGCAGCAAGGUACGGCCAUCACCACAUUGUUGAUUUUCUAGUUGAACGUGCAAAAUUAUCCCAACCACAGGACCUUGAAGAGGGCAUCUCUGGUGUCCAAACGAUGAUAAGGAUGAAGAAUGAGGAGGAGGACACUGCGCUGCACGAGGCUGCGCGGUUCGGGCGUCUUAAGGUUGUGCGGACAUUGACGAGAGAAGACCCUCAUUUCUCGUAUUCGGCUAAUAAAGCAGGCGAGACUCCACUCUACAUAGCCGUCCAGUGCCGACACCGAGAUUCGGUUAAUGAAAUACUAGAAAAUUGUUCGUCACCAGCUACCGGUGGCCCUAAUGGCAGAACUGCACUGCAUGCAGCCGUUCUAAUAACUGAAAAUAUAGGAAUAACAAAACACCUUUUGGACAUAGUAGAUUAUAUGACAAAACAAGCAUAUGAUGUUGGUAGUAUUCUACUGCGCUGUGUUGCUACCUUCUACCCAUCAAAUGUGGUAAAGAUUACAAAAAUGCUUUUGAAGAAAGUAGAUAAUCUGACAAACCAAGCAGAUGAUGAUGGUUGUAUUCCACUGCACUAUGUUGCUUUCUUGGAGUCACCAAAUGUGGUGGAGAUUACAAAAAUGUUGCUAAAAGAUAAUGAAGGUAGUGCAUACAUAAAAAAUAAGAAAGGCAUGACAGCUCUUCACAUGGCAGCUUACAAUUAUCGUUAUGGUGAUAAGAUAAUGAAGGAAAUUCUGACAAGUUGUCCAGAUAGCUAUGAAGAAGUUGACAAUGAAGGCAGAAAUGUUCUACACCAUGCUGUGACGACUACAUGUCUCUCCAACGUAAACUUCAUCUUAGAACAUGCAUCAUCAAUAAUUUUAAAUAGAAAAGAUAAGGAGGGAAAUACCCCAUUACUUCAUAUGGCUGCCACUUCCUCAUGGAAUUCGCUCUUUCUAAAAGCUUUCUUGUCUCAUCCCCAAGUGAAUAGGAUGUCACUCAACAAACAAAACAACAAUAUUCGAGAUGCGUAUAUGCUUCAAUUCCCAUUAUGUGAGGGAAGAAUGCUGGAACUCUUCAAUGAAUACUCCAUACCACUUUCUGUGGGAAAAAAUAUCCUAGAAAUCAAACUCAAUCACGGGAAGAUUACUGAUAUGCAGAAGGAACUCAUUAAAAAAUAUAAAGAAUCUAGUGUAGUUACUUCUACGUUGAUUGCGGCAGUGACAUUUGCAGCUGGAUUUACGAUGCCAGGAGGUUACAUAAGCAAAGAGGUUGGGCGUGAACAAGAAGCAGGGAGUCCUGUACUAAGGAACAGCAUAGCAUUUCAGGCCUUCAUCAUAACAAACACAAUGGCCUUGUAUCUCUCUGCUUCAUCUGUUUUGAUAAACAUCUUUCUUAAUAUAACACAUGCAGUAAAUGAUAACAUGAAUUGGAAUGGCUAUAAGUAUUGCCUGAGCUUAACAAUCAUGGCCCUGGUCUUAAUGAUGAUAGCAUUUAUCACUGGUACAUACGCAGUGUUGUCAAUUUCUGCUCCCCUUGCCAUCGCCGCUUGUUUUAUUGGAUCGCUUUUCUUCACUGCCAUAGGAAGUGGAAUUACUACAGGCCUUGUAUUUGCAUGAGCUUGACAAUCAUGGCCCUGGCCUUAAUGAUGAUAGCAUUUGUCACUAGGCAUAACUUGUGCAAGUCAUAAAUAUAUGAGUAAACUCAACAUUUUAAAUUUAUUUU